AUGACGAACUCCGCGCCCAAGUUAGAUAACGCCAAGGUGGAUCGGCAGGCCUCACCGAAGGUCGGGUAUCAGUACCAGCACAACCACCAUCAUAAUCGUUCCAACAGUAAGUCGUCGCCGUUCCUGUAUAAGAACGGCCGCCACACGGUUAAAAAUGCUAAAGAUGGACGGCAGAGCUGCAGUCCGUACAACUCAUCGUCCAAGAGCGCGAGAAACUCGCCACAACAUCAGCAGCAGCAGCAACAUCAGCAGCAACAGCAGCAGCAGCAACAGCAGCAGACACCACAGCAACAACAACAACGUUGCGAGCAGCGCAGUCCGAGCAGCAGCCCGACCAACAACUUCUACGCGGGUGCCAAGUUCUCGGAAACACCGUCGCCCGCGAGCGUGCCCAAGCCGCCAAGUCAUUGGACGAGCAGAAUGAUGGAUAGCUGUCGCCAAUCGGACAGCGCAAGCGAACACACGAGACAAUUGCGUAUAGUGCUAAACGUCCAGGCCUGA